AUGGCUGCUUGUCAUAAUUUUGCGGGCCUCGCUGCAAUCUGCUUCCUCCUUGGUGCCUUUGAAGCCAGUAUCCUCCCAUGUCUAAUCCUUGUCAAUUCGAGGUGGUACCGUCGUGAGGAACAGCCAUUGCGCACGGCACUAUGGGCCAAUACAUUUGCAGGCGUCUUUGGCGAAAUCUUGAGCUAUGCGAUCGGCAAGAUUGACGGCUCAUUGUCUACAUGGAUGUACAUCUUCAUCAUUUACGGAAGCUUCACGGCUUUGAUGGGUUUUGUGGUCGCUUUUGCUCUCCCCGAUUCAACUUCUGAUGCCUGGUUCCUCAGUCCUGAACUUCGCAAAGGAAUAAAAUGGAAGCACAUUCAAGAGGCUGUGCUCGAUAUCAGAUAUUGGUGUCUAGCGAUCUUUCUGACUGCGCACCCAAUUUGGCUAUUCCACAUCGAAGACGGUUUUGAUGCGACUCCACAAGCAGCCAUUGCCAUGGUCGUCCAGGCUUCAAUGACAGCUGUCACGCUUUUCGUGCCUAACCUCCGAUGCUUCUUCUGGGUCCUGUCAAGCUGUAUAACUUUAGCGGGUGCUGUAAUCGUCAAAGCUGUUGACCCUGUCAUUCAGCCCCAAGUUUCCCUUGCUGGUCUCUAUCUCAUGGGAUUUUACAAUGUCUCUUGGGCCAUGGUUUUGAGUCUUCAGUCCUCCAACGUGGCAGGCAUGACCAAAACGAGUUUCGUCUCCGUUUCUGUUGGAUUCUUUUAUGCACUCGGCAACAUCGUGGGGCCUCAAUUCUUUCUGGAUAGCCAGGCGCCUAGAUAUUCUCUUGGCAGUGGAGCUAUGAUGUGCGCCUUCGCGGUGAUGGCGGCGACUGGGAUUGUCUACUAUUUACUUUGUGCUCUGGAAAACAAGCGCCGGGAUAAGCACUCGGUUUGA